CUGUGGACUCUCAGCUGUCCUGACUCUACUUCUUGCUUGAUUUACUUUGUUACCUUUCUUUAAGCUGCAGAUGGAGCAACCAUCCACCAUUUCUGAAAAGCAGACUAUCUGCAAGAGCUUAAUAUCUCAAAAGAGCAAGGCACAAAGGGGCUGAAUUUUUCCUCUAAAUCAUGGUAGUAGUCACAGUGUGAGAUUUGAGGUCAUUGGGGAAGCGAGUGCUACAGGCAUGCAAAACAAGCUAUCAGUCCACCAACCAAGGCACACCAAAUAAUUCAUGAAGCCUUCAGACUGUUACCACAGGAAGAAGUGGGUGAAUGUGAAUUCUUGAUGUCGCCACACUACCCAAAGGAUCGACUGGUGUAUGGACGUAUCUUCAACAUGUUUGGUGUAAGAUUUCUUGGGAACGGUUUGGCGACUGAUUGCAACUAUGAUCGUUGGCACAAGCAGCGGAAGAUUAUGGAUCCGGCUUUCAGUCGAACCUACCUGAUUGGUCUGAUGGAAACUUUUAAUGAAAAAGCAGAGGAGCUGAUGGAGAAGCUAGAAGAAAAGGCAGAUGGAAAAAAAGAGUUUAGCAUGAUGACAAUGAUGAACCGAGUGACUUUGGAUAUCAUUGCAAAGAUAGCCUUUGGCUUGGAAUUAAACUCGCUGAAUGAUGACCAGACGCCCUUCCCACACGCUGUGACCAUGAUUAUGAAGGGAAUGACCGAGAUACGCAUCCCCUUUGUGGAGUACAUGCCAGGAAAACAGAAAAUGGUAAAGGAGGUCCGGGAGAGUGUCAGAUUGCUGCGCCGUGUGGGCAAGGAGUGCAUUGAGCAACGGAGAGAAGCCAUGCAGAACGGGAAGGAACCCACGUUAGAUAUUCUUACGCAGAUGCUGAAAGGAAACGCUCUGGAGGAAAUUAGAGAUGAUGAAAAUAUUCUGGAUAACUUUAUCACUUUCUUUGUCGCUGGUCAUGAAACAACUGCCAAUCAGUUGUCAUUUACAGUAAUGGCACUGGCUCAGCAUCCUGAAAUAUUGGAAAGACUUCAGGCAGAAGUGGAUGAAGCUAUUGGUGCCAAGAGAGACAUUGACUAUGACGAUCUUGGCAAACUCGAGUACUUAUCACAGGUUUUGAAGGAAUCGCUCCGACUGUACCCACCUGCCCCAGGGACUGUACGUUGGACAGAGACGGAAAAUGUCAUUGAAGGCAUCAGGAUUCCAGCAAACACAACGCUCUUUUUCAGCACUUAUAUAAUGGGGAGGAUGGAACGGUAUUUCAAGGACCCACUCACUUUCAAUCCUGACCGAUUUAGCAAAGAUGCACCAAAGCCAUAUUACUCCUACUUUCCAUUCUCUCUGGGACCCCGAUCCUGUAUUGGGCAGGUAUUUGCACAGAUGGAGGCGAAAGUGGUGAUGGCAAAAUUGCUGCAGAGGUUUGAAUUCCAGCUGGUACCAGGGCAGAGUUUUAAACUCUUGGAUACUGGAACCCUUAGGCCACUAGAUGGAGUAAUAUGUAAAUUGAAGCCGAGGAGCCUUCCGAAAGGCGUCCAGGCAUGAUUGUCAGGAAAGGGAGCGUGACGUGGUAGUAGCAGAGUUUCUUCCGAUGUUGAAGAUUUCCCCACUAAUCAAUGGUUACAUUUUAUAGAUGCCUUUAGAGGAUUACUAGACUGAAAAUUUUCUUAGCCUUUCACAUCAUUUAUGGAAGAAAGCCUUAGGAGAUCCAUUCUAGAUACGUUUGAAUAUCUUCGAUCCGGAAGCUUGUCUGGAACUUGCAAAGCAUAUUUUUUUUCAGCAGGGACUAUUUAGUUCUGACCAGACUUUGAAAAGAACAUCCCUUCAGUGGAGUAUCCCUGGUAGCUAUACGCAAACCUAAAGUCAAAUCCUAGCUGAUAUUUUCCAUUGGUUUCACUUACAAUACAAGAUGGUCUAAGUAAAGGGCUUUCUUAGUUACUUAAAACUUACUUAGCUCAGGGAGUUUCAUAUUUACACAGUGAAUCAAACAGUUAGUAGGAGCACAAGGUUUGGGCUGAGUUUGGGAACAGAAGCUUGAAGAUACUCUCUUGGUCAAAACAAUUUUCCCAUCUCUAUUCUAAAUAAGAAUAUGGAUUGAUAGAAGCAAUCUGAAACAGAAAUCACUACUAUUAGCCACUAGUUUUCCUUGAUGCUUCUGCCUCAUUUUUCUUCAGUGUCUCCCACUUUUCUUCCAAUAUUAUUCAGAGUGUAGGUUGACAAUCCACUUCAACCACUGCUGCUGUCAAAAGAGGUUCUCCCUUUUCCUCCUACACUGCUGCCCGCACCCCCCCCCCAACACACACACACACUUAUUCUCAUGCGACACUAUAGUUUUGGGGAGGGGAGUUGUCUUGUUGGGUUCAUUUUAACCCAGUCAGUUUCCUCAUCUGGCUGCCCAUGAAGCUAUGCAAACGCUUGGACUAGACAGCCUGGUAGGUACAGCAGGGUUGGAAAUAAGUGCCUAGAAGCAGAUGCUGCUUAAACUGACAUUGCCUCUGAAGAAAUGUGCCUCCCUUGAGCAAGACGCAGACGAACAUCCUGCACCCUCCUUUGCUGCUGCUGCUCCUCGGAAAUUGCUCACUGCAUGCAGGCUUUCAAAAAGCCUAUCUCUGCUAGGGAAAAAAAUGUGCAAAAAUCCCACCUUCCAGAAAUAUUUGGAUACCUAAUAGGAGUUUGGGCAUAAGAUCUAUCUUGAAAUAAAGGAAAUUCAGGACAUUUGAUCCUGCCACUGUUUUAUCUUACCUUUUCCAAUUAAAACGUGGAGAAGCUGGUCAAGUUACUGUGUUGGAUUCCACACCAGUACAGUGAUUUCCCAGAGAUUUCCCUGGGUCUGCUCAUGUUGUGCAACAGAUCGUUCAGCGCAGCAGGGCAAUAACAGGACAAUAAGGUUGUUGCUCUUAUUGAUAAUAUAAGCUAUGUUAUACAAUGUACAAAUAUUACCUAUACCCAGAGGUACUAACUGUACUUGUAUUGUAAUUGUACUUGUAUUGCUAGAGCAGGUUUAGCCUACCAAUCAAUAGGUCAGUUCUUCAGUCCCUUUUUGCUGGAGAUCUGCUUAUAUCCUCUUACAGAUUAAUAAAAUCUUGUUUGGAAAACUAAGGA